AUGGAUCAAUAAAGUCAAACUCAAAAGAUAAUUACAGCUAUUGAUGAACUCAAAGUAUUAUCUAAGAAUGAUUUAAUAGAGCAAUUAAAGCUCAUUCAUCAACUCAAACUAAAAGAGGCAGUUGAUUUCGAAAAGAAGAUUGCCAAAUUGGAAAAAAGCAGAAAACAAAUAGCUGCAGACAAUAUUAACCAAUAGAAAAAGAUCCUCAGCAUGGAAUAAGUACUAAAAUAGAAAAAGAUAAAGAAAGAUAGUUACAAAUCGAAAUAUAUAAAAGAACACUAGCAAAUGCUAAAACUCUCAUAGGAUAUUAAAUAACUUUAAAAUUCAGCAUUCCAAACUUAAGAGUUGGUAAAAUAAAAAGAAGAGCAAGAAGUAUACUUAAUUAAGUUAAUUGAUGAGGUAACUCUUCAAAAUCUAAGAAUUCAAUAACAAAUUGAGUAAAGCAUUCUCAAUUUCAAAUCUCAAGUAUAAGACUUAAAAGAUUCAUUUUUCAGUUCUGAUUUCGACAAAAAUAGAUCAGAAUCCAUUCACUCUAUGGAAUCAUUUAUAACUAAAGCAAGCACAUUUGCUAGUUCUGAAACCUCAAGGAAAUCUGCAAUUUCUGGGGCUACCUACAAUAAAGAAUCUAUUCAUUCUCUAGAAACAAUAAAGGAGGAUCUAUAAGAAAAAAGUUCUUCAACAGCUAGUGUUGUAAGUUCUCAAUCAGAUUUGAAAAAUACAAAUAUAAGCUCCGAAAAGAAUCUACCUCAAUAAAAUGAUCCAUUAGAGUUUAACUAAGAGGAAAUUUAAACAGAUAGAUCAACUUUGAUAGGGACAUUAGAAUCAUCAUCAUCUACGCAUAAAUCAUCAUCAAGAUCAAAAGAGGAGUUAUCUAGUUAAAACUCUAUAAGACCACGAAAUGCUUAAAAAGAAGAGUUCGUUUUACUAGUAAAUAAUCAUAUUAAAGAUACGGUGUAAAAUUUGAAGCUGAAUGAUGAUCUAUCAGUUAUAAGGAAAAAAUUAGAUCUCCAAUUUCAAUAUAACUUCAUUAACAAUAAUAAUGAUUCAUCCAAAAAUGAUCAAAUAAUAAACUAAAAAGAGGAGAAAAAUUACAAUCUUAAUUAGAUUGUAAACAAAAAACAUGAAAUAAAUGUUGUAACAUCUCAUCCCUCUUACUUUAAACAACUCAUUGUUCCGAUGCAAUGA